CGUGGCAAAAAUUGUAUCGCACCGUGGAAUUUUAACGCCGGAUUAAAAACGUUUGAGGUUUUUUUCGAAAAUACAUAUCUUGCUCUUGAUAAACAAUGUAUUAUUUUUUAUUCAUUUCAUAGAGGCAACGGAACGCAAUAUCUGGCAAAAUGUUUGCCGGAUUAGCUUUGAACCUACUUUAAUUUAAAUUAUAUUCUGCAAACAAAAAUAUAUACAUUUCGGGGCUUGAAUGCAAGCCAUAUUGUUUCGCUGAGCGACAGAAUUGUUUAUUUAUUCGUUUUAAAUAAAAGUUUUUUCUCCAGGCGCAUGCGCCGCCUCUAAAAGUUAUCCGGACCGACGCGGCUAACGUUAGCUCGCAUCCCUCUGUUGGUUGAUAUGAUUUAGUUAUCCUCCUUCAGCUUUUUUACCUUCACCAGACACACCUUUUUGAUUGUUGAGUAUUGGGCAAAGAGUUCUUCCCGGACCGGAUCAUUCAUGAUCAGUGCUGGAGAGUACUUAUUCCAUGUAAACAGCUGGUGAGUCAUGUCAACAAGCAUGGGUCUGGUUGGAGCUUCAAUGUAGUCGGGUUCAAAUCUCCCCCUAGUCAUGGAAAAGUUUGGGAUGAGCUUCGGGGGCGGCCCGAGCAAGAAAGACAUGUUUGACACCAUCGAGUCCCAGAAGAAGCAGCUGAUCCAGUACCAGACCCGCUUCAAGGAUGUGGUCCGGGCCUACAAGGGCCUGAUGAAGGAGAAGGAGGCCCUGGAGGCCAGCCUGAAGGUGCUCACCGUGUCCCAGGAGGUGGACCUGGGCCAUCAGCCCUGGGACGGCGGCUCCCCGACCGGCCCGGCCUCGGUGACCUCCGACCUCCUGGACGACCGCUGCUCCAUGCACAGCGCCGACAGCCUGGACACGGCCGCCAGCGUCACGAGCGAGGGCGCCAGGGGGGAGCCGGUAGGGGACGAGCAGGAAGGCGGCGGGGAGAGCGAAGGCGCCGGCGCCCGGGGCCAACAGGCCGAGCCGGACGCCAGCGGCUCCGAGAGCGCCGUCGGCUCCGGCUCCGGCGGCCGAGGCCCGGAUCAGCUCCUCAGGCAGCACACGCCCCCGCCGCCGGCGGCGGCCACCGGCCACCCCCAGGCCGAGGCGGACCGGCGGGUGACCCAGCUGAGGACCCAGCUCAGCACCCUGACCAGCUCCCUGGCCACGGUGUCGCAGGAGAAGUCGCGGAUGGAGGCCAGCUUCCAGGCGGACAAGCGCAACGCCAAGCAGGAGCUGGAGGAGCUCCAGGGCCGGCUGGAGGAGGAGCGGCGGCAGCACGAGGCCCGGGCCCGGGCGGCGCAGGAGCAGCUGGCCGAGAGCAAGGCCCGCGUCAUCACCCAGCAGCACGAGCGCGCCCGGGAGCAGGACGACCACGCCCUCAUGCUGCGCGAGCUGCAGGAGCUCCUGCGGGAGGAGCGCGACCUGCGGCAGGAGGCGGAGCUCCGGCUGGAGGACGCGCGCGCCGCGCUGCAGGAGAGCGCGCGGGCGGCGGAGCGCGGCGCCGAGUGCGAGGCGCGCCUGAGAGAGAGCGGCGAGCAGCGGGAGGAGAUGCGGCGCGGCCUGCGGGCGGCGGAGGAGGAGCGCAGGAAGCCCGACCCCCGGGUGGAGGAGCUGCAGAGGGAGCUGGCCGAGACGAAGGGACACCACCAGCAGCAGCUGCAGCACGAGAUCAGAAAGGCGUCCCAGGCGGAGGAGCGCGCCCGCUGCCAGGCCCAGGGGGAGGAGGGCCGCGUGGCCAGCCUGGAGGAGCGGCUGUCGGAACUGUCGGCGCUGCUGGGGUCCUGCGAGAAGGCCAAGCAGCGCGACCAGCAGAGCCUCCAGCGGCUGCGCGAUCGCCUGCUGCAGCUGGACACGGAGAACAAGACGCUGGCCAUCGCCGCGUCGGCCCGCGUCUCCGCCGCCGACCCGAGCGUCGUCGCCGUCAAGGGUGGCGACGACGACGACGACGACGCCCGCCUGGACGUGGGCGCUCUGAAGGACAAGAUGGAGCGGGUGAAGAAGCUGCUGAUGCUGGCGUCACGCCGCAGCCCCGAGGAGGAGCAGCGGCGGACAGCGGUCGGGGAGAUCGAGAAGCUGUCGGAGCCGGAGGACGACGGCGGCGGCGAGCAGAACGGCACGGAGCUGCGCUGCCAGCAGGAGCUGCGGCUGCUGCGUGAGGAGUUUGAGCGCUACAAGCUGCGGGCGCAGGUGGUGCUGAAGAACAAGAACACCAAGGACGGCUGCCAGGCCAAGGAGCUGGAGGCCGCCCGCGACCAGCUGGCCGAGCUCAAGGAGAAGUACAUCAACCUGCGGAUCCACGCGGACGAGGCGGACGCCCGGCACCGGAGGGACGUGGGGGAGCGCGAGCAGGCGGCGGCGGCGCUGCUGCCGGCCCACCGGCAGGAGCUGGAGCGCGCCGAGGCGGCGCACCGCGAGGGCCUGCUGCGGCUGGAGGCGGAGCUGCAGAAGCAGCGGGAGCGCGUCGGCGCGCUGCUGGACGAGAAGGACCGCGAGCUGGAGAAGCUGCGGUCGGUCGCGCUGAUGUGCGGCGGCGGGCCGGGCCAGCGCCACGGGCGCCACGACGCCGACUCCGCCGGGACCCCAGAGGGGGCGGGGGAAGCCGGAAGGGCCGACGGCGGCGAGGAGGUGGCGGCGUGCGGACAGGACGCGGCGCUGGAGGAGAGCGAGAUCAUCACGCAGGCGCUGAAGCUGGCGGGCACCAGCGCGCCCACGCAGCUGCUGCUCUACGUGGAGCAGCUGGCGCGGCGGGAGGCGGAGGCGGGCGCGCUGCGGCGGGAGAAGCGGCGGCUGGAGGAGGACCUCCACCAGCUGCAGGGCCGGCUGGUGGGCAACGGGGAGCGGCACGAGGAGGAGACGGCGGAGCUCCGGGCGCGGCUCGACAAGCUGACGAGGGACCAGGGCCGGGAGGGCGCCAACCUGGAGUACCUGAAGAACGUCAUCUACCGCUUCCUCACGCUGCAGGACGUCAGCGGCCGCCGGCAGACCCUGGGCGCCAUCCUCACCAUCCUGCACUUCAGCCCCCAGGAGAAGAAGGCGGUGCUGAAGCUGCAGGGGCAGACGUGGUGGCCCGUGGUGGGCAAGUAGGAAGGGACCACCGCGCCCUCCAAACAGAAGGACUGGUUUGGUUUUUACUCACUUGAACGGUUCAUUAUGGCAGUGGUGGUGUUUCAGGUCCGGGUGUGUUGGCAAUAUUAGAUUGGUUUUUUCCUUUCUUGAAAAAUUUGCCGAUUUACAAUCUAACGUUUUUGUUUUUUUUUGGAAAAUACUUUACGAUUUAUUAUGAGGAACGGGGGCGAGUCACUCCGAACUUUCCUGUUUCAUUCCAAAAAUAACCCCAGUUAGGGUUGAUGUGUUUUCUUGAGUAUUGACAUAGGAAGUUGCAUGUGACAUACAUGUUGGUGCUUGGAUGUUUACUCGUGUGUGUUUGAUGUGCGUGUAAACACUAACAUUUGACACUGUGGUUAUAUUCUCCUGGACCACCUUUUGGAAGAAGCACUUUGUGAAUAAUGCCACUCAUAUGUAUAUUUUUGAUUCCCUUGGAGAAUUAAACUAUUUUUCCUGUGUGAAUCAGACUGUUGGCUGGGACAAAACUAGAAAUGGAAAGUGUACUGUAACACAAGACAAGUAUUCACAUUUUUAGAAAACAUUUUACUAUGAAUGUUCACGUCUUGAUUAUGAAAAUAUUACAAGAGCGUUGGGCUUUCAACAUAAGUACAUUAAAUAAACAUCCUUUUUUAUAGUCUAACAUUAAGUAUAAGUUAUAGUGGUAAAUGAAAGGCAAAGCUUGCCUGUUUUUACAUUCUUAGUGUAAGUCAAGACUGAAUGAGCAGAGAAUUGAGGUUUAGGCCUGCUGGUAUAGAAUUAUUUACUGCCGGAUAGUUUUGAAAAUAUCCAACUAAUAUUUAAAUUCAAAAUAAAAGUUUACUCUUAUAACAUACAAUGCUGAAAUCAAAAAAGGUGUGAGGAAAGCGAAACACCGAUUUGGAAAGCGAAACACUGAUUUAAAAAGUGUUUCCACCCAGUAUAAAUUAAAGUAGCAACGGUUGGGGGUUGAGUUGCUAAAAAGCAGGGAGAGAUUUGGACCGUCUCUGUAACACACGCGCCUCUUAAACCAGACAAACCGAUCAGAGCUCAGUCACACAAACAAUACGGAAGAAAUUGAGCAAAGCUGCCACCCACACACACCCUAGAAAUUCGGAAAGGAUUGCGCAAAACCUUACAGUAACUACUUGGAAUAUUACUGAAAAAUACUGGCUUCGCUCGGAUCUCAGAUCUAGAAUAUAAACGGAGCUGCCGUGGGCUGAAGGGCAACAGAGGAGGUGGUGGUGGUGGUGGAGUCGUCACGGCCUGUGUCUGUGCAGGACGUUCUGAAGGUCCUCUGGCAGCGCCGCCGCGAUGGUCUGAACGCAGCCCUCCAAUUGGUCAACGGCCCCCUCCCGCACCGACAGCUGCUGCCGGUGG